UACUUGUCCUUUCGUUCGUCCUCAGUGCAGGAUAACGAAGAGGGUCUCUAACAACAUAAGGAGUCGAUUCAAAAGAGUGGCAUUAAGAAAAACGUUAAAGACACUAACAACCAUCUAUUAUACGAUUACUGAGAGGUUUGUGUUGGCUUAGACAAUCAGUAAUGGAUGCCAUCAUUCGCUGCCCAUUCCUCUCUCGUGUACCCCAAGCCUUUCUUCAGCAGACCAGGAAAACCCUGGUGGGCUAUGCCGUGAAAUGCCCAGUCAUGAUGGAUCUGGCCUCUCGGCCUUUGGUUAGAGCUGUCUGUUCAUCCUCCUCAAGCUUCCAGAAGACUGAGGACACUGUCCCGGUCACUGAGGCCCCCAAAGAGACCCCCAAUAUGCCUCAAGGCCAUCCUAAACCUCCAGCGGGCCAGGCAGCCUCCAAAUGCCCCUUCCUUGCUGCUGAGAUGGGCCAGAACAGCAGUGUGGUCCGCCAAGCCAGCAUGGAAACCCAAGAAGAUGUGUCUGAGGUUCGCACUGUUCGCAAAGAUGUGUCUCAUUCUGAUCUUAACCCACUGGUUCAGAACUCCAAGGCUGCUGGAGACCUCCUGAAGAAGCUCAUGAAGCAGCAGCCCACCAGGGUUUCCCACCUGCUGCAGGAGAACAUGCCCAAAGCAAUCUCCAACUUCCAGUACGACAAAUUCUUUGAGAAGAAGAUCGAAGAGAAGAAGGCUGAUCACACGUACCGUGUCUUUAAAACUGUGAACAGACGAGCCACGGACUUCCCCAUGGCAGACGACUACACAGAGACUCAGAACUACAGGCGAGACGUUUCGGUGUGGUGCAGCAAUGACUAUCUGGGGAUGAGUAGUCACCCAAGGGUCACCCAGUCAAUAAUGGAUACUUUACGAAAACAUGGCUCUGGAGCAGGAGGUACACGGAACAUAUCUGGGACGAGUAAAUUUCACGUGGACCUCGAGUAUGAAUUGGCUGACCUGCACAGGAAAGACGCAGCUUUGCUCUUCACGUCCUGCUUUGUGGCUAAUGACUCCACCCUCUUCACACUAGCUAAGAUGCUUCCAGGGUGCGAGAUCUACUCGGACGCUGGCAACCACGCCUCCAUGAUCAUGGGCAUUAAGAACAGUGGCGCCAAGAAGUUCAUCUUUCGUCACAACGAUGUGGAACAUUUACGCGAGCUGCUGAAAAAGUCCGACCCGUCCACACCAAAAAUUGUUGCUUUUGAGACGGUCCACUCCAUGGAUGGGGCGGUGUGUCCUCUGGAAGAGAUGUGUGACGUCUCCCAUGAAUACGGUGCCAUCACCUUUGUGGACGAAGUGCACGCCGUGGGACUGUAUGGCGCAAGAGGGGGUGGCAUUGGCGAUAGAGACGCAGUCAUGCACAAGAUGGACAUCAUCUCAGGAACCCUUGGUAAGGCCUUUGGCUGCGUUGGUGGUUACAUCGCCAGCACCAACGCCCUGAUCGAUACGGUGCGCUCGUAUGCCGCCGGCUUCAUCUUCACCACCUCGCUGCCCCCCAUGCUGCUGGCGGGGGCACGGGAGUCCAUCCAGACGCUGAAGAGUGAGGAGGGCCGCACGCUGCGUCGCGGGCACCAACGCAACGUCAAGCUGCUGCGCCAAAUGCUUAUGGACUCGGGCCUUCCUGUGGUCCACUGCCCGAGCCACAUCAUCCCAGUCAGGGUCUCCAAUGCAGAGAAGAACACUGAAGUCUCUGAUAUCAUGAUGAGCCGAUACAACAUUUAUGUCCAGGCCAUUAAUUACCCCACAGUCGCCCGUGGUGACGAGCUGCUGCGCAUCGCCCCAACACCGCACCAUACUCCUGAGAUGAUGAUGUUCUUUGUUGACAAGUUACUGACAGCCUGGAAAGAAGCUGGCCUGGAGCUUAAGCCCCACCCUUCUGGAGAGUGUAACUUUUGCCAGAAGCCCAUUCACUUUGAGGUGAUGAGUGAGCGGGAGAAGUCCUACUUCAGCGGCCUCAGUCAUCCUAUAUCAGCCUGUGGCUGACUGAAGAAGAAAUGAAAAGGAAAAAAAAAAAAACAUUCCUGUCUGUCAAACUGUACCACUGGGUUUCUUUUUUUCUUUUUUAAAUGUUAUAAAUUAUUAAAUCAAGAUUCCAUAAUCUGUGCAGUCCUCUGAAGAGGAAAUAAAUGUGCAACAAAAUCUGAUCAAUCAAUGUUUGUUUCAUUUAUUACGGUGUUAGGAAUUGUAUUUAAUCAGCCAUCAUGCUGUCAUUUGGGCCCGUUAUUACAAGCUAUACUUAGUUUAAGCUUAGCCACUGUUCUAUACAUUAGUGUGUUGCCACCAUUUUGCCAUGGACAAAACACAAAAUCAAUGGGGCUGUACGCCAGCACCUCAAAGAAAUCCUAAUGCAGACCGAGUUUUGUAGGUUGAAUUAUGUAACUUUUAUUUCACUUAUAACGCUUAUUGUACAGAGAAUGGAUUUCAUUGGGCGUACUUUGUGUAUGCAGUCAUAGACCUUCAGUUUAACUUUUUUUUUUCCAUGUGUUCAAACUCAAAGGGAAUAUAUAUAUAUUAAAUGAUCUUAACCCACUGGCCCAGAGGUGGGAGAGGGAUGAAGUGGGUUGAGGUAAUGCCAUAACUCA